CUUUAAGGCUUCAAACAUGAGUGACGCUGAGGAUGAUGCUGUGCCAAAUAUCUCCCUGAAAGUAAAAACGACAACGGCAGCUUAUGAUGUGGAAGUCAAGGAGAAUGCUACAGUCUCCGAUGUCAAGGACGUUCUAGUGAGCAAGUUGAACAAUGUAGAAAAAUCUCUUCUUUGCCUCAUCUUUUCGGGGAAGAUACUCAAGGAUCACGAAAAGUUGCAAGCGCACAAUAUCGGUGAUGGUAUGGCAUUACAUCUGGUGGUACGUCAGGGCCAGCAGAAUCGGGGAAACCAAAGUAGCGCAACUACUGCGAAUCCAAGUACUAACAACACAACAACGAAUCCCUCUCAAGGAUCAGGUGCCUCCAAUUCCAACCCCUUAUUCGGUGCUAACUUAGGUGCUGGUGGUCCUCAGGCAAUGGCUCAGCAGAUGAUGAAUAAUCCGGAGAUGAUGCGUCAAAUGAUGGACAACCCUAUCAUGCAGAAUAUCAUGGGCAACCCUGAAAUUUUCCGUUCCCUUUUUGCUAACAAUCCACAAAUUCAACAGCUUAUUGAGCGCAACCCGGAACUUGGUCAUGUCUUAAAUGAUCCCGAUAUGAUGCGCCAAACUAUGGAAAUGAUUCGCAACCCGAAUAUGUUCCAAGAAAUGAUGCGAAACCAUGAUCUUGCCAUUCGAAACCUCCAGGGGAUUCCUGGCGGUGAAGCUGCGCUGCAGCGUCUGUAUCAGGAUGUACAGGAACCUCUUCUCAACAGUGCCACGAGUAGCCUUGCAGGAAAUCCGUUCGCAUCUCUACGCCAAGGAGACGACUCUGUCGCUUCUCGAAGUCAGAGGGCUGGACAAGAGAACAGUGAAGCACUCCCUAAUCCAUGGGGCGGCGGCAGCGGUUCAGAGCAGCAGCAGCAAAAUACACAGUCAGCUGCAGGAAAUGGGGGCCCUGGAGGAUUUGCUUCUCUUCUGGGCUCUUCUGGUAUGAAUUCUUUGAUGGAGCAAAUGAUGUCUGAUCCAGCAAUGAUGCAGUCAUUGAUGCGGCCUGAAAUGAUGGAUUUGUUUAGACAAAGUAUCGCGCAAAACCCACAAGUGAUGCAACAGAUAAUGGAACAGAAUCCCUUGGUUGCGAACAAUCCUCAGUUGGCAGAGCAGCUGCGGGCGCAGCUGCCCAACAUGAUGAACAUGAUGAGCAACCCCGAUGUCAUGGCUGCAAUGACAAAUCCCCGCGUCUUGGAGGCUCUACGUAUGAUCCAACAAGGAAUGGAUACGAUUCGCCGUGAAGCGCCAGCAUUGGCUGGGAUGUUUGGCAGCAGUUUCGCAGCAGCAGCAAAUGCUGCAUCUGCGACCGGUGCGACUGUCGGAGGAGGUGGAAAUGCGGACGGUGCGCGACCUGCUCAGUCACAAAACAGUCAAGACCCGAUGAACAUGCUCAACAACAUGUUUGCAGGAAUGAACACUAACACCGAUCCUGAGGUGUUGUACGCUUCACAACUGGAGCAGUUAGCUGGCAUGGGCUUCUCGAACAGGGCACAGAACAUUGCAGCUUUGCGAGCAUCGUUCGGUGAUUUGAACGCUGCUGUGGAGCGUCUUCUGAACUCUCCUUAACUUUUCUUGUGUUUGUCAUGAAUCGCCGUAUAUUUCUAUUUUCACUUGUCAGAAAUAUCUGGAUUCCUUAGUAUAAGUGCAUCAUUAUGGUGAGUUGUCAUGGAGCUAGAUUGUAACAAAACUUAUAUCUGAGCAAAAGUUCUUUUUGCGGAUCUUCGCGAAUUUUCUGUGGUGAUUAAUUUCUGUAAGUAAAUGUGGUGUCAGUCCGUUUGGCGCAAUUCCAAGACAGUCAAUCUUGUCGUCGCUUGUGCUACUUAGGCGCGAAGACAGCGUUGUGCUAGUUCACAGAGAGGUGUGCAUGUGUGUGAGUGUGCGUGUGGUGUGUAAGUUCGUACGCAGCCGCGCAUGGUCCAUGAUCCUUGUAGAGCAGCACCGAGUCGCGCGUCUCGUUCUGGCAGUGCCAGGCCAUGCGAGUAGAGCUGCUUCGUUCUGUGAUGAUUCCCUUCUUGUCUCAGCCCGUAUACUCUUGUCCCCGCCACCGCUUCCAACGCUUCUUCUUUUCAUCGUUUUGUUCCUUCAAACGAUUUACCCCGUAUUUGUCGAUUAUACAUAUACAUGUAUUGAAGGAGAUGUAUCGUUUUGUUUCCCACUGAGUCUAGAUUUAUACGAUAAUAAAGUAUCUAUACGGCUUUUUGUCCAGG